AUGGCGGAGAGGAAGAAGAAACUGACGAAGAAGAAGAGCUACCCAGGCAGCAAAGAUCAGGAGGACUCCGACUUUGAGCUGGCUGCGGAACCUAAAGACGACGAUGAUGAUAUUGGAAAGAAACUCCUAUGCCUCUCCACAUCAGACUGGAUGUCAGAUGUGGAGCCCGACACCAGGAAGCUUGUCAGAGCUCAGAACAAGAAGAAGAAGAAGUCAGGAGGCUUUCAGUCCAUGGGUCUCAGUUACCCUGUAUAUAAAGGUGUCAUGAAGAAGGGUUACAAAGUCCCCACUCCGAUCCAAAGAAAGACGGUCCCAGUGAUUUUGGAUGGCAAGGAUAUCGUAGCCAUGGCGAGGACCGGCAGCGGUAAGACAGCUGCCUUCUUGGUGCCCAUGUUUGAGAAGUUAAAAGCCCCCUCAUCCACAGGGGCCCGGGCCCUCAUCCUGACCCCCACCAGAGAGUUGGCACUGCAGACCAUGAAGUUCACAAAAGAGCUGGGGAGAUUCACUGGCCUCAAGACUGCUCUGAUCCUUGGUGGUGACAGAAUGGAUGAUCAGUUUGCCGCUCUUCAUGAGAACCCUGACAUAAUCAUCGGUACCCCCGGUCGUCUCAUGCACGUCAUCAUGGAGAUGAACCUGAAGCUGCAGAGUAUGGAGUAUGUGGUGUUUGAUGAGGCUGACAGGUUGUUUGAAAUGGGUUUUGCCGAACAGCUUCAGGAGAUCAUCCGGAGGCUUCCAGACAGCAGACAGACUCUGCUGUUCUCCGCCACUCUGCCCAAACUGCUGGUGGAGUUCGCCAGAGCUGGGCUGACUGAACCAGUGUUGAUUCGUUUGGAUGUGGAUUCUAAACUCAGUGACCAAAUCAAGCUGUCAUUUUUCCAUAUACGCGUGGAUGACAAGCAGGCACUGCUGCUCCACAUGCUGAGGAACAUAGUGAAGCCUCAGGAGCAGACGGUGGUUUUCGUAGCCACCAGACAUCACGUAGAGUACAUCAAGGAGUUGCUGACUUUAGAAGGCAUCGAGUGUGCCUACAUCUACAGUGCCCUCGAUCAGACUGCCAGAAAGAUCAACAUAGGGAAAUUCACGCACCGGAAAGCCAUGGUGCUCAUUGUGACGGAUGUUGCUGCUCGUGGUAUUGACAUUCCCAUGCUGGACAAUGUCAUCAACUACAACUUCCCCUCCAAGCCCAAGCUCUUCUUGCAUAGAGUUGGUCGUGUGGCACGUGCUGGACGCAGUGGUGUAGCUUACAGCAUGAUUGGUCCAGACGAAAUGCCUUUUGUCUACGACCUUCACCUCUUCCUCGGAAGACCUGUUGUGUUCGCCACACCUGAACUCCCACAAGAUUCAGAGGGUGUGUUUGGUCGAGUCCCUCAGAGUCUCCUGGAUGACGAAAGUUCUCAUUUGGUCACGGCUCACGAAAACUCCCUGGACCUGCAAAACAUGCUCCAUGUCUCGGAGAACGCCUACAAACAGUACCUGAAGUCUCGACCAAGCCCCUCACCUGAGUCCUUCAGACGGGUCAAAAACACAGAUCUGUCCAGCAUGGCUGUUCAUCCGUUACUAGGGUCAGGUUUGGAGAAAAUGGAACUGGAGCGCCUUCAAAUAGUUGAUGCCAUCAAAGGCUACAAAUCUAAAGCGACUAUCUUCGAAAUCAAUGCCAACAAUAAGACACAGGCUGGGGGGGUGAUGCGGGCCAAGCGCUCCAGAGACAAACCGCUGGUGGAGAAAUUCAGCAGACAGAGGGACAGCCUGGCUGCAGAGAGCCUGCUGCAUCAACCUGUCAAACCCUCCCCCACCACCACCACCACCAUCACCACCACAGCUGACGAUGAGGACGAUGCAAUGCACAACUCAGACGAAGAUGACGACGAUAUAAAGGGGGUGUUCUCGUUGGUAUUAGGUGGAAAAAAGAGAAGCAUGGAGGACGGUUUUGAAGAAUGGCCAAAGCACAAGAGGAGCAGACAGUCGGGCAAAGACUCCGAGUUUUACAUCCCCUACAGACCCAAAGACUUCAACUCUGAGAGAGGGUUGAGUCUUGGUGGAGAGGGCACCGCCUUUGAUCAGCAGGCCUCCUCAGCUGUCCUGGACCUGAUGGGCGAUGAUGGAAACAAGUUAAACCAAAACAAGAGUGUGAUGAAAUGGGACCGUAAGAAGAAGCGCUUUGUGAGAGAGGUAGGAAAGGAGGACCAUAAGAAGAAGAUCAAAACCGAUGGUGGACAGGUCAUCGCCAACAAGAAGAACAGGAAGAACUUUUACGAGGAGUGGAAGAAAAAGUACAAGUUUGACGACGGUGGAGCUGGAUCAGAUGGAGAAGAAGGAGGAGGCGGAGGACGAGGAGGGAGGAGACCAGGAGGAGGUCGAGGUCGUGGUGCUGGUGGUGGUCGUGGUGGUGGCCGUGGACGAGGUCGUGGAAAUAAUCCUAACUUCCAGAGUCCCGGAGGACUGCAGCAGAGACCCGGCGGCAACAGAGUGCGCUCAGAGCUGAAGAGCAGUGACCAGAUCCUGAAGCAGCGCAAGAAAGACCAGAAGCACCAGUUCCUACAGAGCGGCGCCCUACAGAAUAUCCGUAACAAGAACAAAAAGUGGGCCGGAGAAGUCAAGAAGUCAGGUUUCGGACGGGGUGGCCCGAAGAAGGGUAAAAUGAAGAAGAGACUCUGAGGAGGACACUGAGUGAAUAAUAUCAGAGAGAGAUGGAGGGCACUACGGAGGACUGGAUGAUGAGGCCCAUUAUCUUCAAAACCAAUUAUACAGUUUCACGGUGUCUCUCACGAUUAUGGAUUGAAUAAGAAGACGAGUUGUGGAACUUCUGGCCUCAGAGUAUGUAUAAGAAGAAUCCGAUAAACUGGAUUAUCUUCCUUUGAUUUGUGUCGGCAGAUUAGUGUAUUUCAGUAGUGAGAUAUUCUUAUACACAUAAACUGAUGGCAACAUACAGAUUUGAAUAAGACGUUAUUCAGUGUCUUCAUUUGCGGUCAGUUGCAUGUUUAUGCAACAAAAAAAGGUGUGUUUAUAAAAUGACUUCAAAAUAUA